UCACCGCUGCACAAAGCCGUGGAAAUGGGGCAUGAGGAUUGCGUCGCCAUCCUCCUCGACGCGGGCGCCAACGUCGACGCCACGAACGUCGAAGCUGAGACACCACUACAUUAUGCUUGCUGGACGGGGGGCGCGCAGAUAGUCGCGCGCUUACUGGAGGCGGGUGCAUCAAUCCACCACGAUUCGGGCAUGGGCUACAUGGAGGACUACGACCAGGACCAGAUCGUGGGGAACGCCACCGGCCACCCGAUCCACGUAGCGGCGGCCAAAUCUCGUGAAUGCGUCCAGCUACUCCUAGAUGCCGGUGCGACUACGGACGUUCGGGGUGUCUAUUUCGGUCAGACACCUUUGCAUCAUGCAGCUGAAGCGGGGCAGCUCGAAUCUCUUCGUCUACUGCUCGCGUCUGGCGCCGAGGUC